AUGACCGCCUCGAGAACAUACGGUUAUCUCUAUCGCGCAGUCUCCAAGUUUCAACUCCCACUACAGUACUCUCUCUCUCAGAAUCUCUCUCUCUCUAAAGACAAUCAUAUGGGGAAAGUGAAGAUUGGAAUCAACGGUUUUGGGAGGAUUGGUCGAUUGGUGGCCAGAGUUGCUCUUCAGAGAGAUGAUGUUGAGCUCGUUGCCGUUAACGAUCCCUUCAUCUCCGUUGAUUACAUGACAUACAUGUUCAAGUAUGAUAGUGUUCAUGGUCAGUGGAAGCACCACGAGCUCAAGGUUAAGGACGAGAAGACCCUUCUCUUCGGUGAGAAGCCCGUCACUGUUUUCGGCGUUAGGAACCCAGAGGAAAUCCCAUGGGCCAACACCGGAGCUGAGUACAUCGUGGAAUCAACUGGAGUGUUCACUGACAAAGACAAAGCUGCCGCUCAUUUGAAGGGUGGAGCUAAAAAGGUCAUUAUCUCUGCUCCUAGCAAGGAUGCUCCCAUGUUCGUUGUGGGGGUCAAUGAGAAAGAAUACAAGCCGGAGCUUAACAUUGUCUCCAAUGCUAGCUGCACUACCAACUGCCUUGCUCCCCUUGCAAAGGUUAUCAAUGACAGAUUUGGCAUUGUUGAGGGUCUUAUGACCACUGUCCACUCCAUCACUGCCACACAGAAGACAGUUGAUGGACCAUCUUCCAAGGACUGGAGGGGUGGUAGAGCUGCUUCUUUUAACAUUAUCCCUAGUAGCACUGGAGCUGCAAAGGCGGUUGGGAAAGUGCUACCAGCGCUGAAUGGGAAAUUGACUGGAAUGGCCUUCCGUGUUCCCACCGUUGACGUUUCUGUGGUUGAUCUAACUGUGAGGCUGGAGAAGGGGGCUAGUUAUGAUGAAAUCAAAGCUGCUAUCAAGGAAGAGUCUGAGGGAAAACUAAAGGGAAUCUUAGGUUACACUGAAGAUGACGUAGUGUCCACUGACUUUAUAGGUGACAACAGGUCCAGCAUCUUUGAUGCUAAGGCUGGAAUUGCUUUGAAUAAGAAUUUCGUGAAGCUCGUUGCGUGGUAUGAUAACGAAUGGGGUUACAGCUCACGGGUGAUUGACUUGGUUGUCCAUAUGUCAUCGGUUCAGUAAGACAGACUCAAGGUUUGGCUGUUGCAAUCAUCGUUUUUCGCUUUGGCUUGACAAGGGUCAUAGUAAGGUAUUAUGUCAUCAUUAUGCGAGGAAAUGUGUUGGAAUAAAAUGAAUUUUGUAACUUGAAUUUCUAGUCUACUACUUGUGUGAUUCAACUGUCUGUAUCUUAAAAUGUUUUAUAAGACAUAAGGGGGAUUUAGAUCUCCGCAAGUUUUUCCAACGAUGUUGAGUAUGGAUUUCCGGGGAUGUUCUCAUGUUUUCGUCUGGUAUCAAUGUAACAAUGGUAGACUAUUCUCCCAUCUCUCUCCCGCCCCCCUUACCAGCGUUGAUUGUUUAUAUGCUUUAAGGUCAAGUACUUCAUACAGCUGUCUAUUUUGAAUGAAGAUUUGAAUAAUGGGUUUUGGACCUUGAGGAUGCCGAAAGGACAAGGACAAUCCAGGUAUGCAUUGGAAUAUGGUCCCAACAUUGCUUCUGGCACUUGACUAGUGAGACAGUGACAUUUGCGAUACCUUAAGAAUUUUCAAAUAUGAUUUAGAUAAUAGAUAGUACCAUUUCUUUUCAAAUAUUCAAUUUGUGUUGCUUUGGCUUUUUAUUGUUUUGGGUUAGAUAAUAGUCCUUUUUGAGUUCCGAGUCUGUGGCCUAUUGGUGCAGUCGAACACCGACUGUAAAUGGAUUAACGAUGGUGAUUAUUUGUGUCUCAAAUGAUAACACUUAAAGGGUAACAUUUAGAAAUUUGAGAAAUUAAAGUCACAAAUUGUAAAUUUAAGGUCAUAAAUUGCAAAUGUGAGAGACCAGAGUAAGAGUUUAUCAAUUUUCUCUCGUUACACUUUAUCCUGAAGAAUCAAUCUGAAUUAUUAUUUUUUGAUUUCAUCAAAACAAUGCAAUUUAAAAACUUGAGGAACUAAAACGAUAUAAUUGAAAUAAUUAGGAUCAAAAUGAAAUAAAAAUAUAUAUUUAGGAAUGGUUAAGAGUAUUUUUCUCCUAAAAUGAUAAAGGAAACGCAUGCAAAGCAUGUUUACUGUCCUAUAAAUUAUUUUAAAGGAUUUUAGAUUUUUGUUUAGUGAAAAUUAGAAGCAAGUACACUUUUUCAAUCUGUUUUGACAAUAAGGACAAGCACAUAGCUUUUUAAGUCAUUUUAAGUUUAAAUUAAUUAUAAUUUUUGUUAAUGACAAAAUUAUUCUUUUAAAUGAGAUUAGGUCUUUAUGUAAGCUCUCGCCGGCGAGUGAAUGGAUUCACGCAAUAGUAGACUUACUCAUUUCGCUUUUCACGUUGCUGAUUGUGAUACUAGGAGUGGAGUUAUUGUAUUGGUGUGCCAGAAGAUCAAUCCGGAAGUAUGCAGAAUAAAUGAAGUUCCAGCCGGAAAAGGCAAUUGGAAGGUGACCAGUACUAUUACUAGUAGCACCUGAUAGCAUUUGGGGUUGAACAAAGUGGUAUCUUAAUUAUGAAAGCUACCAUUUGAUGAAGAACCCAAAAUACUCUAGAGCAUAUGGGAUUAAACAGAAAGAGACUAACACGAAUAAUCUGUCAAUUGGGUUUGAUAACAAUGAUUAACUAGUUUUUUUAGCAAGUGUUCUGGAAUUCAAAAAUUUUAAGUUGUAAUUUUUCAU